AUGUCAAAGGAGCUGGUAACUCUAACACAGAACGAUGCAGAAAAUCCUGCACGUCGUCUGGCUUUUCUUUGGGGCAUCGUAGGAGCAUGGUUUUCCCGCAUUGACGUGUGGCUUCGGGGGACCAGACACAAUACUCCACUCUUUGCACUUUACGCUCUAUUUAAGCUUGUUCACGUUUUCUUCCGCAGGCUCCUAACUGGGCCCCUUGUGCCAGUAUGGAGCUACAAAGCUGAAGUUGGGAUAGCGUUGUUGCAAUAUGGGCUACAUUCCGAUCUGGAAUUCGUCAGGACCCUCCUAACAAGGGCAAGCAACCUGACAAUUGGCCGUGGCACGGUUGUCUAUGUGGAUGAAGAAAACUUGAAGGGUUCAUGGCUUACUUUGCGGGAUGUCAAACCGGUUCUUCACGUUGGCGUUCGAGAUGCCAAAGGUCUAUCCGUUCAGACUCCUCUGACAAUCUUUUACGUUCAUGGCGGAGGAUAUUGUUUUGGCAUGCCUCUGAUGUAUCAGUCCCAACUUCUCCAGCUCCUCCGAGAUCUUAAAGAAUCUUAUGGUAUCGCGGCGCAGAUUUUCUGCGUGAAAUAUCCGCUUUCCCCUGAGGUGCCCUUUCCCGGCGCCAUUGAUAGUGUCAUCGCGGCCUAUAACGCAUUGCUGGCACACAUGUUUGACCCAUCACGAAUCAUCCUAGGAGGGGACUCUGCGGGUGGUGGGCUGGUCCUGAACCUUCUUCAACACCUGCGUUCUACGGCGCCGUCAAAGUUACCCCUCUGUGCGAAUCUCAUCUCCCCCUUUGUGAACCAGCAGGCUACAGCGCCAUCAAUGGUUGCCAACGAGCCAUACGACUUCCUAUCUCGGCGUUCUAUCUUAGAUAUGGCCGGUCGUUACAGGAACAGUGCCACUUUCCCAGCUCCAGAUGACCCUGGUUUGGCAGAACCCCGCGUUUCCCCGAUAAAUGGGGACGUUCAUGGGCUUCCGCCGCUUCUUGUAACCGUUGGGACAAAAGAAAUCUUUCUUGAUGAUGUGAACGCGUUGGUAUCAAAAUGCCAGCAAAGUGGUGUUAUUGUUGAAUUGGAUGUUGGUGAAGGAAUGGUACACAACUAUCCGCUUUUAGAACAGGUCUUCGGAAGACCAGCCAGAGAAGGCUUAGGUAGGAUUGCGACGUGGAUGGCUAAGAUGGUGAAAGAUAGUCAACAGCAAUUUUAA